AUAAUUAUAUAUAUAUAUAUAUAUAUAUAUGAAUGAAUGAAUAAUUGUUCCAGUGUAUAGCCGCAUGUACGACCUUUUACACUUUUUGCCUUUACAUCGCAACUGCUUCCUUUCUUUAUCUGCUUUUCAUUGUGCGGCUGUGGCCCGACUUGUGCUUAUACUGUACUGUACCAUUACGGUGAUACCCUAUCCUCCACCUUGGCUGUGGGGGUCUAGGGGCAAGGAAAACCACAGAGAAAACCAUUGCCAGUACAGUUCGGUUUGGGUGAAGCUCCAUUGGUCGAUAAAAUUCCCAUUUUACCGAUCACUGGAUCUUCAUCCCGCGCCUAACGGUCAGAGACCUUCGUUCGAACCCAACGCGUGGCUAAACGGUCACCCAGCCAAGUAGUGGCCAUGCUCAAUGCUACUUAACUUCGGUGAUCGCCCGAGCCACGCGUGUGCCGAACGGCUGCCUCAGCCGCUGUAUAUAUAUAUAUAUAUAUAUAUAUAUAUAUCCUUCUACAUAUAUUCACAAUUUGUAGGUAGUACAAGAACUGAAAAAUAAUUUUUGGUUGCCAGUAUACCUGUAGUCGUUGCACUGAUCAGUCGAUAGUUUUGUGAUAAAUUAUUUCUCAAGUGAAUUAAAUUAUUAACCAUGGGACGUGAUUCUAGAAAGGUUUCAAGAGAACUUCGGAGUUCUGAAAAAAUUAAUAAGUCGCGUUCAGUCAAAAGAAAGAAUGUUUUUAAUCCGAAAACAGCCGAACGUGAUGAAAGUAUUCAGAGUACAUCUUCUAAAAAAUUAAAACAAAACACUGAAGAUGAUGUACCUGAAGACAGCAGUACUGAAUUUCGAAUAAUAAAUUUUAUUCAGGUAUUCACUGCAAUUUCUGCUCUUAUAAAAUGUAAAAAAUGUGAUGGAAAUGUAGUGUUUCAAACAGCAAGUACACGUGGGCUGGGAUUCAAAAUUGUAGUUGCAUGUAAUAACUGUGGAAAUGAAUAUAUUCCUUCCUGUUCUUUCGUUGGGCAUUCUUAUGAAAUAAACAGACGUUUCAUUUUUGUAAUGAGAAUACUAGGAAUAGGAUACGAAGGAUUGUGCAAGUUUUGCGGCCUGAUGGACAUGCCGUCUUUUUUAGAUAAAUCUACGCAUACAAUUUUACUGAAACAGAUUUUGAAUUGUAGUAAAGCCGUCGCAGAAACCUUCAUGACGAAAGCUGUGAAUGAAGAAAAGCAAGCAAUGCCAACAACUGAAAAUGAAGAUAUAAAUCAUCUAACUGUAUCGGGAGAUGGAACCUGGCAAAAACGGGGAUAUACAUCGUCAUUUGGAGUUUCUUCUAUAAUUGGCUAUUUUACUGGAAAGAUUCUUGACAUAAACAUUAAAAGUGCAUAUUGUAAGCUAUGUGAGUAUUGGAAAAAAAAAACAAAUACUGUUGAGUUCGAGGAAUGGUAUCAAUCGCAUGAAGAUGUGUGUUCUGCUAAUCAUCAAGGGUCUUCUGGGAAAAUGGAGGUGGAUGCGAUGGUCGAAAUGUUUUCGUAUUCUGAAACUAAAUAUGGAGUUAAGUAUGCCAACUAUAUUGGUGAUGGUGACUCCAAGACCUAUUCAGGAAUUAUAAAAUCAGAUCCUUACGAAAAUACAACUGUAAAUAAAAAGGAAUGUAUAGGGCAUGUCCAAAAGCGGAUGGGGAGUCGAUUACGUACGCUGAAGAGUAAACAAAAAGGUCUUGGUGGUCGAGGUAAGCUCACAGGAAAAUUAAUAGACAAACUAACUGUGUACUAUGGUUUAGCAAUACGCCGGCAUUGUGAUUCUAUUGAAAAUAUGAAAUCUGCUAUAAUGGCAACCUUUUAUCACUACGGCUCGAGUGAUGAAAAACCGAAUCAUGAUAUGUGUCCAAAAGGCGAAGAAUCUUGGUGCUCUUACCAGCGCGCUGAAGCAAGAGGAGAGCUUGAUACCUUUUCUCACGAUUAUUCUCCUUUACCUUCUGAUGUUUUAAAAGCUAUCAAGCCUAUAUACGAAGAUCUUAGUAAUGAAAAUUUACUUUCAAGAUGUGUAGGUGGAUUCAAUCAGAAUAAUAAUGAAAGCUUUAACCAACUAGUAUGGAAAAUAUGCCCAAAAACGUCUUGAUGAAUACACUAGGACUUAAUUGUGGGCCUAAUUCUCAUCGGUAUGCAGAAAGAAUGGAUGCUGCACGUAUCAAAGUAGCAGAUAAGCGCGCUAAUGAUAACACCCGAGAAGGUCGAUUGCAACGUAGGCACCAGCAAAUCGAUAUUUUGGAAGCUGCUAUGUCGGCUGAAGAGCUAUUAUAUGGUCCAGGAAUAGAUGACUCAGUAUGAAUCUCCAAGGACUUAUGAUGAUCACCGCAAAGGACUUCGGGAGGAACGGGCUCUACAAAAACAGCGAUAACUUUUUGAAUUAUUAAUUUUUUUUUUUGAAAUUUUCGUGAAGUCAAAUCGAAACGUGUUCUAAUAAAGCUAUGUUUUUAUUUUUGUCAAAUAAAGUAAUUAACUACAAAAAAAAAAUUAUUGAAAAUCAUCAUUUUUUCAUACCCCUGAGUACCCCUAACCCCUUAAGGAAAACCUGGAAAUGUCACGGAAUUAUAAAUAUACUGGAAAAAUCAGGAAAAAGUCAAGGAAUUUCGUCACAG